AUGGGUGCUUGUUGUUCAUUUUAAUAGGGAGGGGAAAUGCAAAAUGGAGAAUAUAGACAAUUCGAACCUUAAGUAAUGCCAACUUUGGUUCCUGAGCAAAUCAACUUUGAAGAGCAUUAAGAAGAAAUAGUCAAAAUAUAAUCAUCAAUGAGAAAAAAAAAAGCAAAGAACGUUGCAGCAUAGAUGAAGGAAGAAGCUGAAAAAGAAAAGCCGGGUGAUGCUUGGGUUUAAAGCAAGGAACCUAAAAGUAUGGAAUAAAAUGUUCUAACGACUUAAACUAAGCUUGGAAAGUUUAAAUUCGAUAAAAAACUUCCUUAAGAAUUUAAUGAAUGCAGAUUCUUUAUAGCUCAUGAACACAAAAGAAACUAAGGCAAUAUAUAUGUUGGUUAGUGGCUUUCCAGGUUGAGACAUGGACGAGGGAAACAAUAUUUCGCUGAUGGAUCAAUCUAUGAAGGUUAUUGGAAAUUUGAUUAGGCCAAUGGGAGAGGGAGAAUUAUACAUUCUAAUGGUAAUGCUUAUGAAGGAGACUGGAAAAACAAUAUGGCAAAUGGUUAUGGUACAUUUUAUGAAUUUGAUGGAUCUCUAUAUGAAGGAGAAUGGUUGUAGGAUUAAAAACAUGGUUAAGGUAAGGAAAUCUUAGUUGAUGGAUAGGAAUAUGAAGGAACAUUCUUUUAGGGAAAGAAACAAGGAUAAGGAAGAGCAAAGUUUCCUAAUGGAGAUAUUUACACUGGAUAAUUUGAAAAUGAUAGUAUUACAGGUUAUGGAGAGUUGAAAUUUGAAGAUGGCAGAAUCUACAAGGGUUAAUUUAAAGAUGGUAAGAUGCAUGGAAAAGGUCAUUUUGUAUGGCCUGAUGGAAGGGAAUAUUUAGGAUAUUAUUGUUAUGAUCAAAAACACGGAGAAGGAGAAUUCAAAUGGGCGGAUGGUACUAUGUAUAAAGGAGAAUUUAGAGAUGGGAAGUAACAUGGGAAGGGUAUACUAAUAGAUAAGAAUGGAGUUUAAAAUGAAAGUUGUUGGAGUGAAGGAAAAGAAAAAAGAUAGAAGAGCGAAGCAUGA